GAUGCUGCCUUUGGCAUGGUCCGGCUCCGCUGUUAACUCGGUGGCGCGUACCCCUCCGGUGGCAGACCGGCCGCAGCAUGUCCCGGGACCGCUUCGGUAUCUUCAGCACCCGGCAGCUGAAGGAAGUGUUGGAGGACGAGGAGAAACUAGCCAGGAUGGUGCAGCUGAGUCCGCAGUUACAGGCACUCCAGAAGGAGCGGGAGAUGAUCCUAGCCAACAACCGGAGCAUGGCAGAGAAGAAUCUUGGCAUGCAGCCUUUGCUGGACACCAACAAACUGCACUUGGCCACCAAGUACCAGGAGCUGCUGGAGGUAACUACAGUAUGUGCAGAGAAGCAGAGAAAAGUGGCUGCGUACCUGGAGAGACGUAGCCCCAAGUCUGCACUGGAACACCUGCAAAGAGAUAUGGUCAAAAAGGAAGAAGAAUCUGAGGAAAUCACCGACACAUUCUUGGCUGGUAAGAUGUCACUGGAGAGCUUCCUGCAGAGGUUCCACAGGACGAGAAAACUUUGCCACGUGAGGAAAACUCAGGUGGAGAAGCUGCAGGAGCUAAUUAAAAAGGACAAACGGAGUCAGCAGCGGUUAGUGCAGCAGAGGGUAGAGCAGCGAACAGCCUCCCAAAACGCCCCCGCCAACCUGAGAAAUGGACCUGUGCGCCACAUGCUACAUCAGCGUCAGGGCUUCAAGCCUGCCAUCGUUCUGACCUCGGAGACCACGAGUCCAUUCCCUGCAUCUUCGCCUGUUCCUCAGAGCAAGAACCUGCCUCCGCUCAGCCUGCGUGACCACCAGCCUGCAGCCUCGCAGCCUGGCACUCCCCUCGUACCCCAGGCAGUUCGCUCAGGCCUGCGUUUGUUCGGCCAGAUUUCUUUCUGGACCCCUCGGCCAUUUAAGAUUCAGAGGGAGUACCCUGUGCAGAAGCAACCACCCUACCGAUAGGAGCGUGCACAGGCCUUCCAAAUAUUGUUCUAUGCAAGUCAUUGCAGAUGGGGGAACAACAGAAUUACACACUACAGGCAAAACCCGCAUCUAACGUACCUUGUCGGGUGAGGAAGGAGAAAGCAAUUAGCUGGAAGACAGUCUUUGAGUAAGAGUCAGUGGAGGAGAAAUGGAUUUUCAUUUUGGGAUCUCGGAUUGCUCCUGAGUGUGUUUGCAAGAUAAGAGGUAGAAUCCUGAUGCGGUAUUUAGCAAUAGUUGUUCAAAGGACCGACACCGUCUGAUUAAAUGAACAAUGUCUCUUCGUAAGUGGUUAAUUGUAGAAUUUGUCAUGAAGGAAUAUUUCAAACUCCCCCUUUAUAGUGGUGGAUUUUCUAGUUUUAGUUCCAGAGGAUCAUUCUCUGGAAAUGUAUCCACCUUCCAUGAGGAGGCACAGACUGGUCUGGGUUGUACAAUCCAUGAAUGUUAUUGAGCAUCUGGGAGACUUGAAGAAUUGUGUUAAUUAUCCGCUUUGUGAUGUAGCCAGUGGAAUGAGUAGCCUGAAAAUGAAGGUCGGUCUGACCUGUCUUGCUCACAGGUACGAGUUUCCUUGCAUGAAAGAUAAACGUGGGUGAGAAACUGGAUGACUUCACUUCGAUCCAAUUGGGUCAGUAUUGCUUUGCUACAGCUCAGUUCUGACUGGAUCUGGAGCUGUUCUGGAUAACGGCCGAUGAGGCUGAGAUGAGAACUCUCAGACAUGAUCCUACAUGGAUCAAGGCAUCAUCUCCUGAAAUAUCUGCCUCUGGUGAUCAUAAGAAAGGUUAAACACAGCUCUUGAAUGCAGUCUCUGGCAAUUAAUUCAAUGGUGGGAAUUUCCCCUCGAGUAGAAGUCAAUAGGACUUAUCUUGGAGGUAACCGAUCUGACGUGAAAAUGGCCUCCAAGUGUGGGAGUAAAUAGAAUCAUUGAACAUGACAGCACAGAAACAGGCCCUUCAGCCCAUCUAGUCUGUGCUGAACCUUUAAUCUGCCUAGUCCGAUUGGCCUGCACCCAGAGCAUAGCCUUCCAUACCCCUUUCAUCCAUAUACCUAUCCAAAUUUCGCUUAAAUGUUGAAAUCGACCCUGCGUCCACCGCUUAUGCUGACAGCUGGUUCCACACUCUCACCACCCUCUGAGUGAAGAGGUUCCCCCUCAUAAAACUUCCCCCCCCCUUUGUAAUUACUACGCUAGUGUUCAUUUGGUGCUAUGUGUCUGAAAGGAAAUAGGUUACAUUAAUUCCUCAGAGUUAUUUUUUUAUCUGCAUGUGUCUCAUGCAUGAAAAGAGCAAGAAGUGUACAUGUAAACAAGCAGACUUUGAACAAUUUGGCAUAAAUUUUUUUUUUAAGUCUGCUGUUCCACCUGCUUUUGCCAAUUCCUGUUCAUUGUUAAUGCUGGAACUGAGUAUGCAACUCCUAAUUGACAAUUACUUGUCCAGCAAAUAAUCCUGCUGCCUGACCUAUAAUGAUCCACAAUCUAGUAGCUGAGAUGUGUGCCGUAUGUAAAUGUCACUGUCAUGGAUUUAAAACCAUAUUGAGAAAAAUAGAAAUCAAGUCACUGACAUGCAAGUUAUAAGCAGUUACAAUUUCCCUUGUGAAUGAUUUCAACAAAUUACAAGAGGCAGCACUUGACCUGCAUUUACUGCAUAUUGAGAUCAGCUCUGUUAAAGAGAUGGGCCAGGUUAGUAAAACACUAGAUUGCUUUGAGAAAUGUAACACACGAUUUAAAAGUUAAUGCAAAUGUCAAUAAAAUUAAGCCACUCAUUAAGUUCACAGCCAGUUUCAAACUUGUAUUAGCUUCUAUAUGGAAUUAAUAAUUUGAGCAAUUACAUUUAUCUGGCUGCUUCUUGGCUCCAUACCAGUAGGUGUAAGAAUAAAGUAUACAGAUAUUAGGGUUUGAACGUGUCCUGUUUCAGCCUUGAACUCAAAGUUAUUCCUACUAGGACUUGCAAUAAGGUUUCUGACUUUGAGCAGUCCAAUGGAUUGAGUCCUGCUGGAAAUUGAAUGGAAUUAACUCUCGGUGAUACUUCUCCAUUAGCAGACAUAGAUUAGUAAAUGACCUUACCGCUUGAUUAAAAGGCUAGGGAAUCCCAGGAAACAAGAUAACAAUGUAUUAAAAUUCCUCAUCCUUUAGUGUAGGUUGUUUCAGGAUUCCUCCCCCAACCCUUCCAAAUCACAUUCAAUUACAAUCUACACAAACUGGACUUACUCAAGCAGCAUAUAAGCAACCAGAUUUUGUUUGUCAUUUGCUGAGAACACUACCACUCACCUUCAUGGAAUACUUUAUGCCUAGCUAAGAUGUCUUAUCUUUACAUAGAAGUCAUAAGAUAGAACAGUUCAUGAACAGUUACUGCCCCUCAACCAUCAGGCUCUUGAACAAAAGAGGAGAACUACACUCAUCUAUUGAGAUGUUCCCACAAUCAGUCUCACUUUAAGACCAUAAGACAAAGGAGCAGAAGUUGGCCAUUCGGCCCAUUGAGUCUGCUCUGCCAUUUUAUCAUGAGCUGAUCCAAUCUCCCAUUUAGUCCCAAUCCCCCGCCUUCUCACCUAUCAAUCUCUGCCUUAAAUACACCCAAUGACUUGACCUCCACUGCCGCCCGUGGCAACAAAUUCCACAGAUUCACCAACCUCUGGCUGAAAAAAUGUCUUCGCAGCUCUGUUCUGAAUGGGCGCCCUUCAAUCCUUAAGUCAUGCCCUCUCGUACUGGGACGCUUUAUCGUGUUAUUUCAUGUUGUCAUUACUUAUUACUAUUUAUUUAUAUUUGCAUUUACACAGUUUGUUGUUUUCUAUGCUCUACUUGCUCUUUCAUUGAUCCUUUUGUAGUUAUUAUUCUAUGGAUUUGCUGAGUUCCCGAGGGAUAAAGAACCUCAGGGCUGUAUGUGGUGACAGAUAUGUACUCUGCUAAUAAAAUUUACUUAGAACUUUAGAAUGUUUGUUGAAGGCCUGGGUUUAACCAGUGGUUUUCUAACUCAGCCACAAGCAUGCCAACAGCUAAGGCUAGCUACUGUUCAGAAAGAUAAAUUUCAAGCUUUCAGGAUGGAUAACAUAACAUUUAAUUUACAAGUAUUGGAUUUGCUUCACAGGAUGCUAAACUAAAGAGUGCAGAGGCUAACGCAGCAGUCAGCAUGAAUUUAAAAUUACUGGGUUCCAACCCAUUAAUCCUCUGGAAUUCUCUGAGGAGGGAAUUACUGAACCAAAUUGAUAGGGAAAUAUAAUAUAUUUAGAUUUUCAGGAGUUCCUUACUAGUAUGAGGCUGUUAAGAAUGGUUAAGCAUCAUGGAACAAAUAAAUUGAAUUUAGUAUUGGAUAGAAAGGAAGAUGCUGAGAUCUUGGAAGGAAGAAGCUUCUCUGGAAGCAGUAUUGCAUCCACGAUGGUUUAUUAUGGGUGCCAUUCAAAGAUCAAAAGUUCAAAAUACAUUUAUUAUCAAAGUACACGUGUCACCAUAUCCUGCCCUGAGAUUCAUUUUCAUAAAAAAAAUACAGUAGAAUCAAUGAAAAACUACACACAAAGACUGAUAACCAACAUGGAAAAGAAAACAAACAGUGCAAAUACAAAAAAAAGAAUAAAUAGCAAGUAAAUAAUACCGAGAACAUGAUUUGUAGAGUCGUUGAAAGUGGUUCAGUUGUGGAAUCAGUUCAGCGUUGAAGUGAGUGAAGUUAUCCACACUAGUGUGGGCAUGUGGCCAAGUGGUUAAGGCAUUGGACUAGCAACCUGAAGGUCGUGAGUUCGAGCCCCAGCCGAGGCAACACAUGUUGUGUCCUUGAGCAAGGCACUUAACCACAGAUUGCUCUGCGAUGACACUGGUGUCAAGCUGUAUGGGUACUAAUGCCCUUCCCUUGGACAACAUCGGUGUUGUGGAGAGGGGAGACUUGCAGCAUGGGCAAUUGCUGGUCUUCCAUACAACCUUGCCCGGGCCUGCGCCCUGGAGAGUGAAGACUUUCCGGGCACAGAUCCAUGGUCUCGCAAGACUAACGGAUGCCUUUUCUUAAAUUUUUUUUGUCCACACUGGUUCAGGAGUCUGAUGGUUGAACUGGAUUGCAGUAUUUUUGCUAGGAGAGUGCAUCCCAUGUACAAGUUUCUGACACCUGUUGCUGUCAUCAAGCUAACUUCGAAGAGAUAAAUAGCCUUCACAUAUAUCGGAAAUACCUAAGAGUCAUUUGGAUAGUUUAACAAUUAUUUCCUUGAUGUCCCAUAUUUCAGUGUCUCCAAUUAUCAAAUCUGGAACCAUGGUUUGAUCUCAACCAUAGCUCAUUGCUUCUCAAAUCGUAUUCUUAAUUUGGUUACCUCGCCAUUGAAGGAAAGGAGGCAGAUGUUAAUGCAAAGUUUCCGCUGGUUACCAUUGUACCAAUGCUGACCAAAACUAAGCGUUAAAAUGCUAAGACUAACAUGUCACACUGAAGCAAAGCUGAACUUCAGAAAACACUUUUGGGAAUCUAUUCAAAAACCUUAAUAAAUAAUUUUAAAAAACACUCCCUCCCCCACCAUGUAUUGGAUACAAAGCUCAGCCUUUGUGCAAUCAGCUGAUGGCAUGUUAAUUAACUCUUCGGGGAAAAAAAACAAAGUUUCAACAUUUGAUUAGGAAUGUGGUUGCGCUGCUGACUGACCUCAGAUGUAUAUGGAACAAAGUGUUUAAUAUAUGCAAAGGAAAGGCUGGGAAGUUCUGGGGAUAGGGAGAAGGCAACAGCCCAAGUAGAAGGUAUCAAUUCCAAAGAAGUAGCAUACAAAUUAGCCAGAGAAAGUGGCUCACCUGAGGACUGGGAGAAAUUCAGAGUUCAGCAGAGGAGGACAAAGGGCUUAAUUAGGAAGGGGAAAAAAGAUUAUGAGAGAAAACUGGCAGAGAACAUAAAAACGGACUGUAAAAGCUUUUAUAGAUAUGUAAAAAGGAAAAGACUGAUAAAGACAAAUGUAGGUCCCCUGCAAACAGAAACAGGUGAAUUGAUUAUGGGGAGCAAGGACAUGGCAGACCAAUUGAAUAAUUACUUUGGUUCUGUCUUCACUAAGGAGGACAUAAAUAAUCUUCCAGAAAUAGUAAGGGACAGAGGGUCCAGUGAGAUGGAGGAACUGAGCGAAAUACAUGUUAGUAGGGAAGUGGUGUUAGGUAAAUUGAAGGGAUUGAAGGCAGAUAAAUCCCCAGGGCCAGAUGGUCUGCAUCCCAGAGUGCUUAAGGAAGUGGCCCAAGAAAUAGUGGAUGCAUUAGUGAUAAUUUUUCAAAACUCGUUAGAUUCUGGACUAGUUCCUGAGGAUUGGAGGGUGGCUAAUGUAACCCCACUUUUUAAAAAAGGAGGGAGAGAGAAACCGGGGAAUUAUAGGCCGGUUAGCCUAACGUCGGUGGUGGGGAAACUGCUGGAGUCAGUUAUCAAGGAUGUGAUAACAGCACAUUUGGA